UCCAGCGAAUGAAAAGUGAAACUUAUGAGUGAAACCUAGAGCCAGUUGCUCAGCUUGUGCUUUUAGUCUCGCAGAGAACAUGGACGAUAACUUUUCUUUCCCUCUACUCGUGGAAGGCCAGUGGAAUCCAUGUCUGCCCAACCUGAAGAAUAAGCUAACCAUUUAUUUCCAAAGCAAAAAAUCUAACGGUGGCGACUGCUGUGUGCAACAUGAUGUUUCUGACGGCCAGCGAGCGAUCGUGUGGUUUAAAACAGAACUAGUAAGGCAACAUGUUCUAGGGAAAUGUCCACACGCACUAAAGCUUGGUCAGAAUGUCUUGAGUUUGUCGGUACGACUGCACCCCGAGGCUGAGAUUGAGGAAUCACUGAGUGUCGACAGUUCAGAAAUAGCAGGUGAGGAUGAGAUCCCCCUCCUUGGCGAGGAGCCUCCGAACCAGCCAGGGGAGGAGGAGACGGAACCAGAGGAGGGUCCUGAGGACUCUCUGGCUGCCGUCCUGGGGAAUGCAGAGGGACAGAAGCUGGAGUUUCUGGAGAUGCUGGUGGAGAACAUUCUCAGAGGUCACCUUCCCUCGCCCUGCUCCUUCACUGUGGAGAUCCUACCUGAGAUCAGCUGUGCUGUAGUGAAGUUUGAUAACGCAGGAAAUGCAAGGCAUUUCGUCAAAAUAUGCCCAUCAAACAAGAUGUUCAGCAUGAAGAAUUUAACUGUAAGGCUCCUUGAGGUUCCAGUGAAAGUAAAAGCUGAAGACAUCAAUGACCUCACAUCUGACCACCUACAGCUUUACUUUCAAAAAGAUGGAGAUGUAAAAGAAGAUGUUGAAAUUCUGGAGGAGGAACAAGCAGCCAUUGUCACCUUUAGUGAUCCCGUCGCUGUGGCGAGAGUUCUCAAAAGACAGCAUGUUAUUUCGGGGCACCCUUUUAAAGUGUUUCCGUACUACGAGUCAUUGAGAAUGGCGCUGUAUGGAAAAGACAGGCCCACCUGGAAACUUCCUGAUGCCUUUACAGAGGACAUUGACUCUGUUUUGCAGAAGUGCCUCCAAGAAAACCCUAAGUGUAGUGCACUGAUCCGCAAUGAGAUGACCAAGCUUUUCUCUGAAGUAGAUCUCCAGCUUCAGCCCGCGAGGAUCAGUCCCUCACCAUCCUUGCUCCAGCAGAAAAAAAUAACAGCCAAGCUCAUUCGUUCCUGGAGAGACAAUGCUGCUUCUGGAUUUAAAGAGUUGCUCUCAAGGUUCAAGUGCCUUCAACUGCAUGUGCCAGCUGUAGCGUGGACAGAGUCAGAAUUGGCGAUUAAGGAAGCCGUUCAGCAGAAGGAUGUGUCACUGGUCCUGGAUCAGACUCAGAAACGUAUGAUUAUCGCAGGUCUCCAUGAGAGUGUUGAUAACCUUGGUGAUUUGAAGAUGAUUGUCGAGAAAAUUACUAAAAAGGCUGAAAGGGAAUUAAAUAGCCAAAAUGUAGACGUCCCUUUGGCGUUUUCCAUGUACCACCUCCUUGAGCAUGUUGGCUUGCAUCAGAAAAUCAUGAAUGACUUCCCAGAGCUUAAGUUCACAUACAACAAGUCAAGUCAAAACAUAGAAUUUUAUGGACUUCAAAAUGAGAUUUUGUCAGUGAAGGCUUGCUUCUUAGAGGAGGCGUUGGCUUUUUCCAGGAAUGGAAAACUAGUAGAUCUCGAUGAUAGCAUCAUACGGUUCUUGUGUGAAGGAGACCAGGAAGAGCUAAAUGAACAGUUAUUCAUGUCUCAAGAAAUCAGCGCUGCCCUAGAAAUUCAGGGGAACAGAGUUAACCUCCUGGCCAAAACCGAGGAGACUCUCCGGGCUGGAGAGGCACAACUAGAAAAGCUUUUGACCCACAGCUGCAUUGAAGUAGACGAUUCUAAUGUACUCAGAAUGUCAGAGUGGCAGCAGUUAGUGAAUAGUUUGCAAACAUCCUUCAAUCAAUCAGAAAGCAGAGUCACAGUGCACACUGACGGUACACUAGUUGUCGUCUCUGGCUUUGUUGAGGCAGUUGAUGCCAUACAGAAACAGUUACACGAUUUUGUACAUGACAACUCCUCCGUCACCAGGACCGAGACGGGCAGAAAGAUCCUCAUCAAAUUUAUUCGUGAACAGAAAGGAGAUGUGUGGAAAGAGAUGACCAAAGAUGACAUCAAAAUUGAUUUCAGGGAGGAUUCUGUUUCACUGUGUGGACCCAGAGUCCGUGUCACAGAGUGUUUGCAGACGAUGAAAGAUCUGAUCUCAUCUGUCCAUCAUGAUGUUCUCAGAGUGGCCAAACCAGGAGCAAAGAAGUCAUUCUUGGACAAAGAGACUCUGUACGUGGGAACAGCAAUCUCCAAAUGGGGCUGCUUAGUCCAGCUGGCGGAUGAGGUAGACACAGCCCAGGAAAACGCCUCAGGAAGAGAGAGCAAGCCCGUCUAUCACUUGCAAACCCCUGAUGGUGUGGAGAUCAACGUCUUCAAGGCCGACAUGUCCCGCUUCAGAGCGGAUGCUGUCGUCAAUGCUGCUAACGAGACCCUUCAGCACGACGGGGGUCUGGCGGCAGCGCUUCUCGAGGCUGCUGGUCCUCAGCUCCAGGAGUUGUGUGACGAGAUCAUCUCCAGCCGAGGGCAUCUGGCCACGGGGGAGGUAGUUGUCACGGCAGCUUGCGGGCAGCUCCAGUGUGAACACAUAAUACACGCGGUUGGACCCAGGUUUAGCAGUGACAAUCCUCAAAGAGCUGUUGGCUUGUUGAAAAGGGCUGUAAAAGGGUGCUUGACAGUGGCAGAGACCUAUAAGUACCACUCCUUAGCAAUUCCUGCCAUAAGCUCAGGUGUAUUCGGAUUCCCACUGGACAUCUGCGCCGACACCAUCGUCGGGGCAAUAAAGGAGCACUGUGAAGACAUGUACGGUGACUGCUUGCUUAAAAAAAUACAUCUGGUCAACAAGGACGACAAGACCGUUCAGGCCAUGGUGGCUGCUGUGAGAAAAAUGUUUAGCAGACCUGUACAACCCCAGCCGCAAGAUAGAGCCCAAGUCAACACAACUCAAAGCCUAGGACAAAACCAAGACCAAAGACGCGCUCAUACUAGCAACACGGCCCAUAGUGUGAAGACAAAAGAGGGACUGAUCAUCGCACUGUUGAAAGGACAGAUACAGGAUACUACAACGGAUGUGGUGGUGAACACGGUGGGCCCUCGUUUGAGGCUUGAUCAGGGGGCUGUUUCUAAUGCCCUCUUCAGAGCAGCCGGACCAGAGCUUCAGAUUCUGGUUGAUCAACAGCCAGCAUCUCCUGCCACUGAAGGAGCCGUCAUUGUAACAGAGGGCUGCAAUCUGAGAAGCAAGAUGGUGUUCCAUGUUGUUGCCCCGGAGUGGGACGGAGGUCAAGGCAAUGCAAAGAGGGUUAUGGGCAAGAUUGUGGCUAACUGCUUAGCACAGGCAGAGCAGCACGAGCAGAGCUCUUUGACCUUCCCUGCCAUCGGCACCGGAAACCUGCGCUUCCCCAGGACUGAGGUGGCCAGCCUCAUGCUGGACACUGUCCUCAAAUUCAGCCAGAAAAGAGGAUCAAGGAACGUGCAAGAGGUGGUAUUCAUCCUCCACCCUAGCGACACCGACACUACAAAGGCCUUUACAGAUGAAUUCAACCAAAGAUUCUCAGACCAGUCUGCGUCCUCCCAGAGAAGAGGUCCAUUCUCCAAGAUCACAUCCCCAAGUUCAGGGCUGUAUCAAACAACAGUGGAGGAAGUUGUUCUCCAGAUUACCACUGGCGAUAUUACUAAAGAGAAUACUGACGUAAUUGUUAAUUCUUCCAAUGAUACUUUUAACCUGAAUUCAGGUGUCUCAAAAGCCAUUCUUGAUGCUGCUGGUCCAACUGUGUUGUUAGAAUGCCAGCUACACGGACGGCAACCAGGUGCAGCAAUGAUAAUGACCCAGCCUGGUAAUCUGAAGUGUAAGAAGAUUCUUCAUCUGCAUGGGCAGACCCAGCCUAAGAUUAUACGAAAGAUUGUUGGUGACGCAAUCUCAAUGUGCAUUCAGAACAACAUGAGAUCCAUCUCCUUCCCAGCUCUUGGCACAGGUCGAGGCAAUGUGGCUCCAGGACUGGUGGCAGAUGCCAUGCUGGAUGCAGUGGUAGAUGUGGUGGGGAGGAUGUCCGUGUCAUCCUUACAGCUGGUCCGCAUAGUUAUCUUCCAGGCCCCAAUGCUGGCAAACUUUCACAAAAGCAUGCAGGAAAGAGCGGGUACAGGCGAGCCAGAAGAAGAAGGCACAAGCAAGCCAGAAAAAAAGGGCACCAUGUCCAUGAUGAUGUCAAAACUCAACUCAUUCUUCACCGGAUCACUGGUCAAAGAUGUUAAACCACAGAGAAGUGUCAUCAAAUCCAAAGUGUUGGACCCAGUCUUUUUCCACAUCUGUGGGGAGUCACAAGACAGCGUCGACCAAGUCAAGAAAUGGAUUGAUGACCUGAUCGCCAAAGACCAGUACACAGACCCCAUCUCAGACGAGAUGCUUCUGAGUUUGCCCAGCAGCGACCUACAGAUCAUCCAAGACCUUCAGGACAAGUAUGAUGUGAAGAUGACCCUGUCCCCCAAAUCACAGGGCACGGUGGAUGCAGUUGAUGCCAGCCUGACCAUCGAGGGCCUCAGCAGAGAUGUGCUGGUGGCCUCCAGAGAGGUGCAGACUAUCCUGAGGAAGAGCCGGGAGAGGGAGAGCGUCAAGAGGCAGACAGAACUCACUAGCAACCUGGUGCAGUGGGAGUACAGUCUUCAAGAUCAAUACCAAGCCUUUGAUCCUGAGACUAACUUCAGUCUUGAGCAAGGCAAGGAGAAAGGGCAGAGACAGAUGGAAGUCAUCAUUCAAGGCCAAGUGUUUACAGUCACUCUACCAGAUGGGCCAGCUGUGGACAUCCAAGGGAACCAGGUCAAAUUGAGGCGCAGAGAUAAAUUAGGAGGUGAUGCCAGUUUUCCUGGUCACUGGGAUGGCAUGACCGCCCAGAAACAUUGCCAAGUGUUUCCCCUGAAAAAUGACAGCCAAGAAUAUCUUGAUGUUCAGAAACAUUUCCGUGCCUCUUGUCAUAAUGCCAUUUUGAAAAUUGAGAGAGUCCAAAACCAAUACCUGUGGAGGAACUAUGAGAUCAAAAAGCAAGCCAUGGAAGUUAAAAAUGGCCACCAGAACAAUGAGAGGAAACUGUUUCAUGGAACCAGACAGGAUUCCAUAGACCACAUCAACAACAAUGGGUUUAACCGCAGCUAUGCGGGCAAAAAUGCUGCUUUCUAUGGUAACGGAACCUACUUUGCAGUCAAUGCAAAGUACUCUGCGCACGGCACCUACUCAGUUCCUGACUCUCAGGGACAAAAGUACAUGUACCUGUGUCGAGUCCUCACAGGCGACUUCACAAAGGGAAUCCAAGGAAUGAUUGUCCCCCCGGCCAAAAAUCCCAACAGCACCGACCUCUAUGAUACUGUAACCGAAAACCCCAAUGCACCAUCCAUUUUUGUGGUCUUCAAUGACAUUCAAGCAUAUCCUGAGUAUUUGAUCACUUUCAGAUAAAAUUAGCAAAGGGACAAAUGUGUAUCAAAGACUUUAUAUAUUUGGUCUGUUUUUUUUCCAUUUUAUCUUGCUAAAAGUGCCUUUUCUGUGAAACACUAUUUGAAUGUCAAAAAAACUAAUAAAUAUUUCAGAUUAGAACAUGAAAAAAGUUUAUAAGAUGUUUCAGCAACCAUCUAUCUAUGGUCUAUUAGGUUGUUUUCAAGACGGGCGCAAUCCAAACUGACAUUUCAGCAGUUUGUUAUUUGUUAUAUAAGUGUUUCUGUACCUCCAGAUAAUCAACUGUAGUUUUUGCUGCUUUUUUGUAACUCUUAGGUAGGUAAAGUUAAAAAUCAUUGUGUAUUCUUGAGAUUAUGUUACCACGGUGUUUGUUUCAGCAUGUGCAAUGUGUAAUCUAUAAAAUAAAGUAUAAUACACAUAUCGUGGUUUGGAAAAUAA